CCAGAUACAUCUAGAUAGACAUAGUCGUUGAUCAGGAACUCAUAGUCCGCGGGUCAGCUCUGCCAUUGUUCUAUCACAAUGUCUGCGUUUGGAAACAGCCUCUUUGGUAACAAGCCAGCCGGUAACAGUCUCUUCGGGUCCACCAGUAACAACACACCGCUGCCAGCCCAACCUGGUGGACUUUUCGGCUCGACUACAGGCACGAACACUAACACGGGCGCAAUCCAAGGCAGUAGCCUUUUUGGGAACACGCAGCCUCAGAAUCAGCAGAGCGGUACUACGGGAGCAGGAGCAGGAACGGGGGCACCCGGUGGAGGAUUGUUUGGAGCCUCGAAUAAUCAGCAACAAAACCAAGGCCAGCCUGGGACGAUAGGUGGGGGUCUGUUUGGUAAUGCUGGCGCUGGGACCAAUUCGAAUGGGACAACGGGUGGUGGGUUAUUCGGAAAUAGUAAUGCGGGAGGGGGUGGAACGAAUACGGGUGGCGGUUUAUUCGGGAACACAAGCACGAAUCAGCCCGCGGCAGGAGGAUUGUUCGGAUCCACCACUAACACCGCGAACAAUCAGCAGCAGCCCGCCACAGGAAAUUUGUUCGGUGCGUCAACUUCGAAUCAGUCGGGCGGAGGACUGUUCGGGAACAAGACCGCGGGUACGAGUGGCGGAGGUCCCUUCGGGAGUACGAUGCAGUCGAACACAGCGGCUCCUGGUGGCGGUAUCGCAACACCAUCCCUCUUCGGACAAUCCAAUCAACAACAGCCGUCCACUUCUCUUUUCGGUAAUCAGGCACAGCAGCAACCGACCUCUCUCUUUGGCAGCCUUUCGCAGCAGCCCCAGCAACAGUCACAAUCUUCGAGUCUUGGUUCCAGUCUGUUGGGUUCGAGUUUGUUGGGGAAGAGCACAUUGCCUGGACUUACGGGUCUUGGCGCGUCGACCUCAAACACUGGCCUUUUCUCCUCACGGCUACCAACAAGUGCGGCAGGUCAGAGAGAGCAAGACGCUCAAUCUCAGUUCUUGAACCUUCAGCAGAGGAUAGAGGCCAUAGUGGAGGCUUGGAAUCCGCAAAGUCCGAAUAACCGUUUCCAGCACUACUUCUAUAACUUUGUCCUCCCCGAGGAAGUACAACUUUACUGUCGUCCUGCAAAUGCCACGAACGAAGAAUCGUGGCAAAAAGCUGUCAGGGAAAAUCCUGAUCCUUCGUGCCUCAUCCCCGUCCUUGCUACCUCCUUCGACGACCUCCACGCUCGUGUACAGGGCCAAGCCGAGCGGGCAGCUCAACACACCAAAGCACUGACCGAGCUCCAAUCACGAAUCUCCCAACUCUCGUCCGCCCACGCCCUCUCCACAUCUCCACGCUUGAACAAAGCCAUCGCUGCACAGACCCAGCUUACGCACAGGCUCCUCAAGCUCGUCACUCACCUACAUCUGCUGAUACCCGCAUUGAGAAGCAGCGCGAUACGUCCUGAAGAAGAAGCGUUAAGAGGUGCUUUGGAGGAGAUGGAGGGUGAAGUUCUUAGCCGAAGGGGAGGAGCGAACGCAGUCGGCGGGAUGGGGAGACUGGUGGCUAGGUUGAACGAGAUGUGGGCCUUGGUCGGGGCGUUAAACGCACUAAAGAGCGGGAACGAUGAGCAGGGAGUUUCGUGGGCUGUGGUGGACGAGGACGGCCUAUCACAGAUUGUCCAGAUUCUAGCUGAGGAGCAAGCUGGUCUCGCACACCUUACAAAAAUCCUCCAAAAGGAUAUGAAGGAUGUUGCAGUUAUCUAUGGCGAAGGCGAUGCUCAGCCAGACGAGAGCGCGAGCUCGCCACAGGGGCGUACAGAGUUAAUGUCAAGCUUCUCCCAAACUCUGAGAGCGAGCUCUCUCGGCUAGUUUGCUUUUGUUUUUCUGCCCGUCGUUGCGAAAGUAUUGGUUUUGUGAUCUACAUUUUGUAUUAGCAUAUGCUAUUGAUACCGUACCCUGACAUUCGAAU